UGAUUCACCAUCAAGCUGAUUACUGCAAUGAGGCUCAUCAGGACUAGCAAUCCAACGAGAAACAUGAAGGACAAAACAGGGCAGCCCUGUUGGUGUCGGGCUGUGCAAAGGCGAUAAAACGGGUGGGAUCCAAAGCGGGUCAAGUUAGCAACGUUUUCCCAAUUGGGUAGCAUUUCCCGGUAAUCCACUCCGAUCAGCCACGGCCCCGGAAGGAUCUACCAGACCACAGUAGAUCCGAUGUAGUGACAGUAUAACCACUGCUGACUACAGAGUUACCGGGUGGAAUAGUAUCGACUCCUGCGGGAUUCACUAGGAAUGGCCAGAAUAAGUGAUCAUGAAACAUGAAAGGGAAAACGAGGAUAUAUCUAUGUAUGGACGCUGCUGUCGGAAGGGAUCAUCCCCACCCUUCUAAUCCUCAAGUACUACUUCGACCAUCAUGGGACUUGCAACCCUCCUCCUGGUCCUCGUCGGCCUUACUUUCAUCCUGCGCAUCGUGAGCGAGAAAUGGAGGCACCGUCAAAAUGCCAAACGCCUGGGCUGCCAGCCAGCGCCCAUGGCCCCGUCCAAGGACCCCCUCGCUAUCGGGGAUAUCCUGGAGAUCAUCCAGGCGGACAAGGACAAGGUGGUGCCAGAGCUGCUCGAGAGCCGCACUAACAUCAUGCGCGACAACAAUGCCGGACGCUACGUUUCGACUUUCCGUCUCAAGAGAGGUCUGGGCGAGAACUUGCUCACCUUUGACCCCGAGAACCUUCAGGCCAUGUUGGCCAAGCAAUUCAAGGACUUCUCCGUUGGUGGUGAGAGACUGGGAUGCAUGGGCCCGUUGUUGGGCAAGGGAAUCUUCAUCAACGACGGCGCCGAGUGGUCGCACUCGCGUACCAUGCUCCGGCCCCAGUUCACCCGUGAGCAGAUCAGCGACCUGGGUCUCGAAGAGCGCCACGUCCAAAACGCCAUGCGCGCCAUCCCCGCCGCCGGAAGCAACGGCUGGACCGAGGUCGACAUCCAGAGCAUCUACUUCCGUCUGACCCUCGACUCGGCGACCGAACUGCUCUUCGGCGAGAGCUGCUACUCCCAGCUGGCCGCCAUGGGCGACGCCGAGGACCGCAUGGCCAGUGGCGGCAAGGUGACCGACUUUGGCAAGAACUUUGACCGCGCCCAAUGGUACAUGGCGCAGCGCCUGCGUCUCCCUCGCAUGAAGUUCCUGUACGACAACAAAGAGUUCCGAACCUGCUGCCAGGAAGUCCACCGUUUCGUCGACGAGUGCGUGGCCAAAGCCCUGCACGACCACAAGAAGAAGAAGAAGCAGCAGCAGCAGCUCCUCGAGGAGGGCGCGUCGGAGCACUACAUUUUUGUCCACGCCAUGGCCGAAACCACCAAGGACCCGAUCGAGCUGCGCUCGCAGCUGCUCAAUGUCCUGCUCGCCGGCCGCGAUACCACCGCCGCGCUGCUGAGCUGGACCACACUGCUGCUCUCCCGGCACCCCGAGGUCUUCCACAAGCUGCGCGAGGCCAUCAUCGCCGACUUCGGCACCUACGAGAACCCCCAAAACAUCACCUUUGCCACGCUCAAGGCCUGCACGUACCUGCAGCAGGUCAUGAACGAGACGCUGCGCCUGUUCCCGCCCUUGCCCACCAACGCCCGCUACGCCACCAAGGACACCAGUCUGCCGCGCGGCGGCGGCCCCGACGGCCAGAGCCCCGUGUACAUCAAGAAGGGCCAGGCCGUGCUGUACAACGUGCACAUGCUGCACCGCCGCGAGGACGUGUGGGGCAAGGACGCGAAAGAAUUCAAGCCCGAGCGCUGGGAGGCCCGCCGCUCCGGCUGGGAGUACCUGCCCUUCAACGGUGGGCCGCGCAUCUGCAUUGGCCAGCAGUUCGCCCUCACCGAGGCGGGUUACGUCCUCGUCCGUAUGCUCCAGCGUUUCGACGAAAUCGAGGACGUCCACGCCGACCAGAGGAUUCGGUGGGGCUUGACCCUGGUGAGCGCUCCUGGUGACACGGUCACGGUGCGUCUCCACGAGGCUAGCCGGUAAAGAAAAGAGCAGGACUUUCUUUUGGACAAGUAUACGACAUUCUCUUUUCAGCUUGUAAAACUCUCACACUUUUUAUGGAUUCUCUUGUAUUUAUUUACUUAUUUAUAUAUUUAUUUUCCUUUUGUCUCUUUGGAUCUGCUGCCGAUUUGUAAUAGUUGAUCAGUACAAAGUGUAUGGCGGGUAUUCUGGAAUGAAUGUAUUAUCUCGGCGUUUUGAUCAUCAUCCCCAACAGUGUUGUCUGCGCUAAGGAUGGCUUUUAUGAUUGCUCUGUUUGUAUAUUCUAAAAAUACCUCUCGAUACCAACCUCAGUAUCCGGGUCUAGCACGGGCAAUUAGCAUUCUUUGCAUCAUCAAGAGCAAAUAGACUACACCAGUAGAGAGCA